AUGGACGAGGAAAAUGAAAAGAAAUGUAAGUUUUUUUGAUAUUUGGAAAAAAAACAUGUGGAAAUAUAAUCGAUAAAUAUCAGGGUUGGAAAAUUGUAAAAUACAACUUUUUUCUUGGAAUUUUUGAAUAUUGAAAUAAUUACUGUAGUCUUACAUCUGGCGCUCUUGAAAAUUUUGUAGCCGAGCAUUUUCUGGCUUUAAGACCUUGCACAUUCUUCUAAGAAAGGCGGAUCAAAGUUGACAAAAUGUUAAUCACACCCGUUCAAGCCACGCAAUGAGUGUUUUCUACUGUAAAUAGAAAAAUCUGCGAAUGAAAAAAACUGUGCAAACACUUUUGUCUAAUUCUCUCUGUUCGCCGAUUUUGGGGGCCUGAAACAGAGUUCCGAAUUGGGGAACAUGAUAAAUUUUAUGCGUUGGGUCUUGUCGCGAUUGCUAACCUGAGACCGUAGAUGAGGCCCCCUCACUCAUUAAAAUUAUCUUAGAUGAGUAGCAAGUCAGGUAGAACUCGAGGCGCUGAUUUUCAUGCUGUAUUUAGUUUUUCAUGAACCUUAUCUAGGUUUUGAGCUACAGGGUGCACCGUUUUACAGCGUUUUGCUGAUUUUUGUGUUGCUUGAGCGGGUGUGUAAUGCAAAGACAUAUUUUUGAUCUACCAGAAAGAGUUUGAGAUGAUAAUAAAUUAUCCAACGGUAAUUUUUCCAAAAGCUAUUCAUAUUGUUUUAGUCAAUCGUCCAACUCCUCCAAAACCAUUGAAUUUCGUCCCACCAAAACCUCCAGUUCUUCAACCCAAUAUAUCUCAUUUGAUCGCCAAUAAAAACACAUCAAAUCCAAUUAUUCCACCACAACCUCCUCAACUUUUUGUCAACCCUUUUACUCCGAAAUCGAUUUCACCAAAACCUUCUCCACAAAUUCAAAAAUCAGUUUCACCAUCUGAAGCAGUUCAAUCAUCUUCUUCUGCUUCAAUAAAAUCUGAAAUUGUUUCACAAGAAUUGGAUACGAAAUUAGAGAAACCGAAAGAAUUGCAAGUUUCUCAAACGACUGAUAUUCCAAUAACUCCAAUAAUUGAUGAAUCCAAAACUAUAUCAUCUCCAGCUUAUGUUGAAGUAUCAAAACAAGAUAUUACAACAUCGAAGACAAAUUAUGAAAGUGCAAAACAAUCAGAUAUGUUUACAGAUAAGGUAUCUUUUAUUUUUCUGAAAAUCUUUUUCAAAAGUGUGUUUAUAGGUUGAUAUGAGUGGUGGAUUGAUGAGUUGGUUAACAAAAGCAAUGACUGAAAGUAAAAUAUUGAGUGAUGUAGCAGAAAAAGCGAAAGCUGGAAUGGAAACAGUUAUGACAACUCUUGAUCCUGGAAUGAAACCAUUUUUAUCGGAAAAUGGAGUUAUUACAUUAACUAUAUUGAAUAGUGAUGUAGAUAUAAUAAGUGCUGCAAAUGAAGGAUUUCAAAAAGCAGGUGCUCUAGUUAUUGUUCGCGGAAUUCCAAAAAAUCCAAAUGAUGAUAAUUGUGCACUUGUUAUUGGUGAAGAAAAAGCUAUGAAACAUUGUCAAAAAACAUUGGAAAACGCAAAAACUGCAAAACAAUCACCAGAUACACCUACAGUACUCCUAACAGUUCAACCAUUUCUCAUUGAAAUAUCUGGAAAAUGUUAUGCAACUUCGAAAAUUUUAUUGAAAAGUGGAGAUGUUGAAUGUGAUUCAAUUGGACAAUUACUUGAAAUUUCAGAUGAAAUUCUUGAGGAAAUAGAGGUGAUUUUUGAUUUUGUUCGCAAAAAAUGUUUUUUUUCAAAUUCAUUUUAUAGAAAAAUGUGAUUGGUGAAGAUGAAUUCUCAAUUGGUCCUGGUGAAGCAGUCAAAAGAAUUAAUGACCGAAAUGAUGUGUUUAAUUUCCAACCAGGCUCCAAAUAUCCACCAUAUAAUUCGCCUGAUCUUCUGAUUCUUGCAUUUUCUUCAGUCGCACAACAGCUUUUGUCAAAAAUGUAG